AUGGAGCCGGCCGGGGCCCCGCCGCAGGGCUGCGCCCCGGCCCGGGAGGCGGAGGAGCCACCGGGGUCCCCGGCCCUCCCCGCUGAGGAGCCGCAAGGUGGCCAGCCCGCCGGGGCGCCCCCGGGGGAAGGGGCGCCGUCCGCCGCGGCCGGCCGGGAGCGAGAACGGGGCCGCCGCGGUGCCGGCCCGCAGGGCCCGCCCGGGCGGGCGGCGCGGGGCAGGGGGCGGCGGGCCCCGGGCCGGCGCGGAGGGGAGGAGGGGGGCCGCGCCGCCCGGCGGCCCCGCGUCACGGUGGACAGCUCCAAGGCCAAGACCUCGCUGGAGGCGCUGAAGAUCAGCCUGCGGCAGCUCCGCUGGAGGGAGUUUCCUUUCGGCAGACGCUUGCCGUGCGAUAUCUAUUGGCAUGGGGUAUCAUUUCAUGAUAAUGAUAUAUUCUCAGGUCAAGUCAACAAGUUUCCAGGCAUGACAGAGAUGGUACGUAAAAUUACACUGAGUCGGGCAGUGAGAACAAUGCAAGACCUAUUUCCUCUUGAAUAUAACUUCUAUCCUCGAUCCUGGAUUCUGCCAGAAGAAUUUCCCCUCUUUGUGGCUGAGGUUCGUAUGAUGAAAGACAGUGAUCCAUCCUGGAAGCCCACUUUUAUUGUAAAACCUGAUGGAGGGUGCCAGGGGGAUGGAAUCUACCUCAUUAAAGACCCAAGUGACAUCAGACUGACGGGAAGCAUCCAAAGCCGGCCAGCUGUGGUCCAGGAAUAUAUUUGCAAACCACUGCUUGUUGACAAACUGAAAUUUGAUAUUCGUCUUUAUGUCUUACUGAAAUCUUUAGAACCCUUAGAGAUUUAUAUAGCCAAAGAUGGACUUUCUAGAUUUUGUACAGAGCCCUAUCAAGAACCCACUCUAAAAAAUUUGCAUCAGGUUUUUAUGCACUUAACCAACUAUUCACUAAAUAUCCAUAGCGGGAAUUUCAUCCAUUCUGACAAUGUAAACACUGGCAGCAAGAGGACUUUUUCAAGCAUUCUGUGCAGACUGUCUUCCAGAGGAGCUGAUGUCAAAAAGCUGUGGUCAGAUAUAAUUUCACUGGUGAUUAAAACAAUUAUUGCACUGACACCAGAACUGAAAGUUUACUAUCAGUCUGACAUACCAGCAGGAAAGCCUGGGCCAACUUGCUUCCAGAUUUUAGGGUUUGACAUUCUCCUGAUGAAAAACUUGAAGCCCAUGUUACUAGAAGUAAAUGCAAACCCCAGCAUGAGAAUAGAACACGAGCAAGAGCUUUCUCCUGGAGUAUUUGAAAAUGUCCCAAGCCCUGUUGAUGAAGAAGUGAAAGUAGCUGUUAUCAGAGACACUCUUCGUCUAGUAGACCCUCAGAAAAAAAAGAGAAAAGACACCCAGUGUCAGACUUUGGAGCAUGUGUCAGAAGCAAACGGAGAGCUGUUGGAUGCAGGACCGGCAGACAGACCGGAAUAUGAUACCGCCAAAAGUCCAGAGGCUGGCCUCCCCUCCCUUUGUCUCAAGCAAGUGUUUCCCAAGUACGCGAAGCAGUUUAACUAUCUGCGACUUGUGGACAGAGUGGCUGCACUGUUUAUCCGAUUUCUUGGUGUAAAAGGGACAACAAAGUUGGGGCCAACAGGUUUCCGAACAUUUAUAAGAAACUGCAAACUAAGUAACAGCAAUUUUUCAAUGGCUUCUGUAGAUAUCUUAUAUAUUGAUAUCACAAGAAGGUGGAACAGCAUGGGAAUCGACCACAAAGAAUCAGGAAUGUGUUUGCAAGCCUUUGUCGAAGCUUUCUUCUGUCUGGCUCAGAAAAAAUACAAGUCCCUCCCACUUCACGAGCAAGUGGCAUUGCUGAUCGAUUUUUGUGAGUAUCAUCUGGCUGCCCAGGAUGAAAAGCGCCUGGUUUGUGGCCGCGGGAUCAUGGAGCGCCAAAGUGCAGUAGUUCCUUGUCAGACAGAUGGACUUCACCUUACACCAGCUGCACAUACACCCCUCCUGAAUCGCACAGUCACAGCUAGUAAAUUUGCAGAUUACAGAAAUCAUCGCUAUUAACGGUGCUAAUUCACCAGGACAGAACUGAGAAUUAAUCCCCAGGUACGUACGUGUACUGCAGGAGGAGAGACAGACUCCUGAAUUCCUUCAUCUGAUAGUCACAAUUAUUUAUUUCAGCUUUUUUUAUUUAUGCUCUUCAAAAAGUCUACUGCAAGCUCCCAUUCUCAAAUAACGAUUCUGGCAAUGGCUAUUUAUUUACUUCUCUGUUGGACCUACAGUACACCUCAUGUGACAAACUGUGCUUUCAUCUCGAGUGUAUAGAAAAACACGUGUGAAGACAAGGACCAAAGUACAGCGGGAUGAUAACCAGCAUCAUGGGAUUGGUUGCACUGAUCGAGAGGCACACUCAUAUCAAAGGAAUUAUGUUGCUUGGUAUGCACUGGACAUAUCUUGGAAACGAAGUAAGGAGCUGCAGUCUCAAAUACCAGUUGUGGACUUUGGAAAACUGAAACCUGGAAUUACGUUUGUGGUCAGACUUCAGGCUUUGACCCUCUUCUUUCGGUGGCUUGGACUGUACAUGUUGGAAUCAAUACAGAUUUGGUCAUUGUCUAUGUACUUAUUUUUUAAAGUCAGUCUUAAAACACUGAAACCAUAUUUUGGCUUCUACUUCUUUGUACACGUCUUUGCCAUGACAAGUACUGUUAAUUUUUUAAAGAAAAACUAAAGAUGUUUAUCCUUUUGCUUCCACAGAACCAAUAAGCUCAGAAAAAAUUUACUUCAUCAAGUCAAAUUUGGUGAAUCAAGUGGUGGUUUUGUCUUCAGGUCCUAAGCACCGCUUCUGCAAAAAGCUUUAAAGGGUAAAGGCCUAAGAGUUCAUUUAAAUUUCAGUGAAACCAAUCCUGUCACUGACUUUAGGCUAAACUAAUUGUAUUCUAGGUUUGCUUUUUUUUUGCCUUUUGCGUGUUUGUUACCCUAUUUGGACCUGCAGUAACAUCUAGAGCAGAUUUUUUUUUUGGUCUUUGCACAUAUUCUUCAUUUUUUCCCCUUAAAUAACGUAUAACUGUACAAAUUAGAUCUAUAUUAUUUAACAGGAUAUUUUGUCAAGAAUGCUGGGCUAUACCACUGGAGUUGUACAGAGUAGUCUUAUUUUUCAAGAAAUGAACCAUGACUUCCAUAA